UCUUUGCAGCCCCAGCCUUCGCGUUGGUCAACGUCGAAGUGUGGCUUUGAUUGGAGACUCUAAAUUCGCCUGGAGACUUUUUCGACCUUCCUCAGCUCUGUCGUUUUCUUUUUAUUUUGGUAACCUCACCCGCGAAGCUAUAGUUUAUAUAUAUAUAUAUACCAAUAAAUAAAUAGCGCCAGUUUCUUAAAAAUGUCUUGGCAAAGCUAUGUGGAAAACCUGAUGGCCGAUGGCAGCUGUCAGGAUAGCGCCAUUGUUGGGUAUACAGACGCCAAAUAUGUUUGGGCAGCACAUGCCGGCGGUACAUUCAACAAUAUCACGCCGCAGGAAAUUGAUGUUCUCGUCGGUAAGGACAGAGAGUCUUUUUACACCAACGGUCUCACUCUGGGCUCAAAGAAGUGUUCGGUCCUCAGAGACAGCCUCAACGACGACGCCGACUGGACAAUGGACAUCCGGACGAAGAGCCAGGGAGGAGAACCUACGUAUAAUAUUUCUGUAGGAAGAGCUGGAAAAGUUUUGGUUCUUGUAAUGGGCAAAGAAGGGGUCCAUGGAGGCGGCUUGAAUAAGAAGGCUUACUCGAUGGCAAAAUACUUGAGGGAUUCGGGUUUUUAAUGCUUUCAAGCUCACGUAGAUAAAAAAUUGAGGGA